GGCCACCUGCUAACAAGCGGCCCAUGUGUUCCGCCGGAUCAGACGGGCGCUAUGACCAACUUAAGCGCACUUGGGCCCAUUGAAGUCCCGCGCAGUUGCCGUGCUAGUAACUUCACGGCUAAGCUACUGGAGAGCUUCGCAUCAUCAGCCACAGUCCGUGCCGAGAUCCCGACGGGAUGCUUCAGGACGUGUGAUCGACAACACCUGUUGCUGCGUAGUCAGUGGUCCGGGCGAGCACACGGACGCCUGAGGGUGCGCCACGACAAUGACAUAUUUCCGAGGGUCUUAUUCUGCCCUCGCCACAAUACUUCUCGCCCUCGUACCGCCGCUCUUAUUCGCCAGCGAGUCACCAUGCUCGGUCACCCGGCUUCAAGCAGCAAUGCAGUCGGCAGACCUGGAGGUUGGCGCCCGAUGUCGCAACCACACACUGCUGUACGUGCAAGAGUUCCGCCGCGGUGCACCAUGGGCGCUGAAAAUGUUCGACAGCUCGGCAAAGCCAGAGAGUGGGGUCCUCACGGGCGGACUCACUUCUUUGGGUUUCUACUCGGAGUGUCUGGGAGCACUGCCAAGGAUGCCUGUCAUCCACGAGCCCCAAGUGAAGAAAGGGGUGCCGCCAUUUGCGAGCCAGUAUUGUCUUCUCACGAUCGGGUUGCCCGACGAGGACGCACCAUCGAUCACUGAGAAGCAUGUCCCUGACUUCUUAUGGGAUCAGAUACGGGGAAAGAACAUUCGUUUCGGAAUCUGCAUCCCUUCGACAUGCAAUGAAGAAGAUGCCAAUAACAUUGGUAUCCAACUACUCCAACAAGCCGGUGCUACUAAAAAUGCGACAUACAGCACGUGCUUCUCCGGCGCGAAAGACUACGUACCGAGAUUGACCUUCCUCAUCGUGACGUUUAUAUUAUUAGCCUAUUCUUCGCUGGUUGCUGCAGCGACAGCCUACGAUAUGAGCUGCCGGUGGCGAUUCUCGAAGACACCGUUAGAUCCGUGUGCUGGCCUCCAGAAACCUGGGACAUCCAGCAUGACGCUGGAGAGAAAACAUUUAGGUGACUCUGGUGAAGAGGAACGUGUUAAUCGAAUUUUGCUCUCAUUCUCAAUCGUCAAGAACGCUGAAAAGAUAUUCAACACGGGGCCUUCAAAUGGUGACUUCAUAACUGCCAUCCAUGGCAUUCGUGCCUUAUCCAUCAAUUUAAUCAUACUCGGACACACAGCUGAGUAUACGAGAGCAGAAAUGGUGUUUAGAAAUCCGGGUUCCAUGGCCGCAGCUAUUAGUAGCAUGGCAGGACAGAUAGUGUGUAACUUGACACUGAUCGUGGACACCUUCUUUUUCCUGACAGGAUUUCUCGUGGUGUACUUGGCCCUGAAACGAUUGAAGGAGUCAAAGGGAAAAAUGAACUGGUGGAUUUUCUACCUUCAUCGCUAUUGGAGGCUCACUCCUCUCAUAGCCUUGAUCUCACUAUUCUACGCGGUCUACCUGCCGUACUGCGGUGAAGGACCAAGCUGGGACGUUGUCGUUGCGCAGCAUCGCCAUUGCAAAGCCAACUGGUGGGCCAACAUGAUCUACCUGCAGAAUUUCUUACCCUACGGAGAAGUGUGUGUUCCCCAUACAUGGUAUGUUGCCGUAGACGUUCAAUUCUACCUCAUCAGCCCGCCCAUCAUAUAUGCUUUGUACAGACGACCUCGUGUCGGCAUCUUCGUGAUCGGACUUCUUUUUACCCUGAGCACGACAUAUAUUGUCAUCAUCACGGUGCUGAAGGAACUGCCACCUACCAUACAGCCCAUGUUCUAUGAACCAAGGGGGCUGGAUUACGGUCAGUACGUGUACGUAACGCCACACGGCCGCAUCGGACCUUACCUCGUUGGAAUGAUUUCCGGCUACAUCGUGCAUACAAGGCGUGGCCUGAUCGUCAUGAAGAAACGCUACGUGUGCGCAGGCUGGAGCGCAUGCGCCUUGCUUAUGCUGGGCGUGCUUCUCGCCAUGUGGCCGGUGCAGGUCAACGGAGGCAAGUUGCCUUUGUACGCCUCAGCUCUGUACAGCGCGUUCUCUCGUUCCAUCUGGGCCACCUGCAUCGCCUGGAUUUUAAUCUGCUGCAUCGAAGGAUACGGAGGUCCGGUCAACGCCCUACUGUCGUGCAAGCCUCUGGUACCUCUCAGCCGGCUGACCUUCGCCGCGUAUAUCGUCCAUUUGGUGCCCAUCAGAGUUUUCGUCAACUCGCAACAGCACAGUUUCGACUUCUCUAUUUACCUCCUGUACAUCUUCUACAUUGGAUACCUGGUGCUCACUUACCUUGUGGCCCUGGUCGUGUGCCUGCUGUUUGAAGCACCUGUUUUCAGCAUCGAGAAAACCCUGUUGGCUGGACGGAUGUGAACCGAUGGAACGGCCUCGCUGCUGCUCUUCCUUUAGGAGCCGAGGAGAAGCGUGUGGCAAUCGCGUCGCCUUCACGCACGUCCCGGCGACCCUAUAUGGUGUCGGCUGCAGUCGUUAGAAAAUUAUGGUCCUCACGUUUGUCUUAGACAUCAAGUGCUCGACGCUGUUUAUGAAGGACUGACAUAUUCGUGCAGAGACUUGCUGCGCAGUGCGCCUCGAUCGUCGCACAAAAUGCAGUCGGGCUUAUCGAAGAGUGUCAGCCCAUGUCGGAUAAAAUAAAAGCGCAUAAACGCCACCAGUUUUUUUUUUUGGCGGUUGCCAUUUU